AAAGAACAAGAAUCGAGAGCAAAGAAAUCAAUUGGUUUAUACUAGCUACUGAAAAAGACAUUGGAUAUUGGAUAUUGGAGGCAGAUUUGGACUGGGUUUGAACUUUCAUCGGUGCUUUAACAAGUCGGUACGCGUUGUCAUAAUGAAUAUCCUACAUACUAUGGUUUGUGAUGUUGCCCCAGAUAUACUCCGUUCACUGCCGAUCCCAAAAUCUUUUAGAGAUAUUUUCCGAUUGUCAUUUAAAGAUGUGCUAGCUCUUACUGCUUUUGGUUCAUUCAGUGGGGCCAUUGGCUAUGCAGUAUACACUACUGUAAUGCUUCACCUUGGAAAACGGAAGGUUCCUAUCAAUGAUAAUAUUCGGAAACAUAUAACGAAAUGUGUUGAUGUUGUGGAUAUUGAGUCUAUAACAGACAAAAAGGUAUAUUGUCGGUGCUGGAAGUCAACUAAGUUUCCCUAUUGUGAUGGAGCACACAACAAACAUAAUGAAGAGACUGGAGACAACAUUGGCCCUCUCAUAAUUGAAACCAAAAAGUCGUCGUAAUGAAUCUCAACACAACUUAGUAAUACUUUCCUAAUCGUUUUAUAAUUCUAACUAUAGUUUCGUAGUUGACUGUCUGCACUUUUCUGCAAUAUCGAUCUGUUCCUCACUGAAUGUAAUAAUUUUGAUACAAUACCCAGUCAAAUACAUUGUUAUCU